AUGCUCGGAAUGGCGAUGUCCACGAUGUCCAGAGCAAGGCUCGAAAGGAGGCUUGCGCGAUGCUUCUCAUCAGCGACAUCAGCGACCGGGAAGCUCUCUGUUCUAUGCUUUCUGGGCACUACUCGCAAUGAUGGCCCUCCGUUCCCGACGCGGGUGGGAAGCAGAGUCGCAGCAUACAGCGCAUCAUUGCUGAAGAAGCACGGACAUGCUGUGGAGGUGGUUGAUCCACUUGAGCUAGACUUGCCUUUGCUCAGAAAGCCAGAGUUUGCAUACCAGCGUGGAGAGCAACCGAAAGUUUUGUCGGAGUUGGCAGAAGCUAUUCGUUCGGCAGACGCCUUUGUCAUGAUCUCUCCUGAGUACAAUCACACGGCCUCACCUGCUCUGCUCAACACGCUGAACCACUUUGGAAGUAGCAUUUUUUCAUACAAGCCGUCUGCAAUCUGUACUUACAGCCAGGGCCAAUGGGGCGGCGCACGUGCUGCAGUGGCCCUGCGACCUAUACUGUCCGAGCUGGGAUGCUUACCGGUUUCUGCGAUGAUCCAUGUCCCAGCUGCUCACACGGUCUUCGAUGAGCACGGGUCCUUGAUUAAGGAGGAAUCCGAUUGGGAGCAAUACUUUAUGCGCACCUUCAGUCAGAUGGAAUGGUGGGCGAUGGCUGCAAAGAAUCACAAGGUCCUACAAGAUCCUUUCAGCUUGUCACCAGCACUCAAGCGUCAACCUUCUCAACGCAAUGCUCCUAAGUAA